AGCAAGGACACGGAGCCAAGUUUCAUUCAAUCUAAAGAUGGGGAAAACGAAGCGAUACUGGUUACUGAAAACAGAGCCAAAUGAGUGGUCAUGGUCAGACCAAGAAUCAAACGGCGGUAUCAGCAAAUGGGACGGCGUCAAGAACAAACAAGCCCAGAAGAAUCUUAAAUCCAUGACUUUAGGAGAUCUCUGUUUCUUCUACCAUUCAGGAACCAAAUCAAGAUGCGUCGUUGGCGUGGUUGAAGUAUCACGUGAAUGGUACACUGAUGAUGCUGAAGGAGUAGAAGGAGAAGGAGCGGUUGAUGUCAAAGCGAUUGGAGAAAUGAGGAAAUGUGUGGAUUUGAAGGAAAUGAAAGGAGACAAAGGGAUUAUUACUAAAGGUUUUGUUUUGUUUAGACAGCCGAGGUUGUCUGUUGUUCCUGUUGAGGAAGAUGUUUGGAAUAUGAUUUGUGAAUUGGGAAAUGGGUUUUGUGGAGAUGGUAAGGAAGAUUGUGAAAGUAGUGAUGAUGAAUGAGUCUUAAAUUGGAUUCCGUUCUUGUAUUAUGUGAUUUAAAGUUCUUAACUUUGUUAGGAUUUUGGGGGUUUUGCUUAAUGAUUGAUUCGUAGUGGUGAUGCUAUUGAGUGGUGCAUUUUGUCGAACAUGUGGUGUGCAAGAAACUAUGUUAUAUUUUGUGAGAUUUAAUUUAAGAAAGAACACAAUUUUGAGAUUUAAUUUGUGAGAUAUAUACAUUUAGAAUGUCUAGUUAUUAGAGCUUUUAA